AUGUGGGGCAUAGAUGUCAUCGGAAUGAUCGAACCGAAAGCAUCAAAUGGACAUCGCUUCAUCUUGGUGGCAAUUGAUUACUUUACCAAAUGGGUAGAGGUAGCUUCAUACGCCAAUGUAACCAAAAAUGUGGUAGUCAAAUUUAUAAAAAGGGAAUUAAUAUGUCGUUAUGGUCUACCAAGCAAGAUCAUUACUGACAAUGCCACAAAUCUAAAUAACAAAAUGAUGGAUGAAUUGUGUGCCACCUUUAAAAUUCAACACCACAACUCGUCCUCGUACAGACCAAAAAUGAAUGGUGCAGUUGAAGCAGCAAAUAAAAACAUCAAAAAAAUUAUUCAUAAAAUGGUUAUAACAUACAAAGAUUGGCAUGAGAUGUUGCCAUUUGCACUACAUGGGUAUUGUACUUCGGUACGCACUUCAACUGGGGCAACCCAUUUUUCCUUAGUAUAUAGGAUAGAGGUUGUGCUACCUACUGAAGUAGAAAUCCCCUCGCUCAGAGUAUUAAUGGAAGCUAAACUAGAGGAGUCGGAACGGAUACAAACGCGUUUUGAUCAAUUGAAUUUGAUUGAAGAAAAAAGGUUGGCGGCCUUAUGUCAUGGACAAUUAUAUCAGAAAAGACUGAAGAAAGCGUAUGAGAAAAAAAUACGUCAUCGAGAAUUCCAGGAAGGUGAUCUGGUGCUGAAAAAAAUCUUACCCAUUCAAAAGGAUUAUCGUGGGAAAUGGACUCCUAACUAUGAGGGACCAUACGUCGUGAAGAAAGCUUUCUUAGGUGGAGCUUUGAUCCUUACGAAUAUGGAUGAAAAAGAUUUAGCUCUUCCUGUAAACUCAGACGCCGUAAAAAAGUUGAUUUCUGCAACAUGCGCCAACUGUGAUAUGCUUUGGCAAGUCGCCUUUUCCAAAAGGCGACCUCGUGACAUACGCUUUGGCAAGUCGUCAUUCCAAAAGGCGACAUUGAAUGAUGCUUUGGGAAAUCGCCUUUCCAACCGGCGAUUUAGUUGGAAUCGGAAUAUAUUCCCGCACAUUGGGAAGUUGCAAAAACGUGAACGUGAUAAUCUCUUCGUCCAGUCUAAUCCUCUCCAUCAUGUUCAGUCUUCUCCGUCCAGAAGCCAAGUUUAUGACCAUUCUCCACAACUUCACUCUUCUACUCUUUAA